CGCCCGAACCGAAGACACUUUUCAAUGCGACGCUCUGCAAACUCUCUCACAAAACCACAAUCAACACAAUCAAAACACAAUCCAAGCAAUCAAAACACAACACAAGAAACAUCAUGAAGAUCCAAAUGAGCCUUCUCCUUUUCAUGUUGGCAGCAGCAGUCGUUCCCAACUCUGCUUCAGGACUCAAGGGAGCCAAAGGCAAGGCUGUACCAGAAGAAAGCCUUGAGAUUCCAUCAAACAGGCUUCGCGCUCUCAAGAAAGGAAGCAGCGGCGGAAACAGCAGCAGCAGAGGAAGUGUUGCAAGUGGUGGAUUGAUAGAGAUUAAUCCCUGUGUCCCAUGGUCUUCCGUCCAUGAAGCACAAAAGACAAACCCUCAAACAGACAACUCAUGUGCAAGUAAUCCUCCCCAAAAUGGUGGAUGUUGCCGCAACUACCAUUGGCUUUUGUGGGACUCCGACAACAAAUAUCCUUAUGUCCCAUGCAUCUGCAAUGCCAUUACACAAGAUCCAAACAACUUUGUACCAGACACACUUUCCCCGUAAAUGUGACCUCAAUAGCCAACUCCCAAGAGCAAUGUUGGAAAAUGUGGAGCACAGGCAAGAUUUGAUGUGAAAAGGUACCAGGCACAGUUGGUUGGCUCUGCAUCAGUUUGGCAGAAAGCUCAGUGAAAUGGAACCAAAUAGAGUGCUUUUCAGGAUACUUGGGAAGUGAGAAUAUGCAUUGAUCAUGCAUGGAAGAUACAUGUAAUAGAACUUUAGAGAUCCAUUGAUGUC